CGCGCCGUUCACAGCAAACGAAAACAACACAACGGGACGCGGGUCGCGCGCGCUCGCUCGCUUAUUCCACUCCACCGUCAGUUGUGUUUUGGCCGCCGGGCUCUGCGCAGCGCGUUUGUACCUCCCGUCGGUACUUUGCGUCGUGUCUCGCUUUCGUUUACACUGCUGUGGUCAGAUAAUGGUUGCCAUUUAAGAAAUGUCGCAACUUAUCACGUCAGGGACAGGAAACAUGCCACGUGGAAGUGCUUACCAUCGUAACUGCUUGGAUGAAUAUCGUCCACCAGUGGCAGCCAGGUGCAGUGUAUCUACCAGUCUCGACAUGAAGCACAGUAAAAGUGAAGACACUGUAAUCGUAAAUGCAAGUGCUCAAUCGACCUCAGCAGGUGUAAAAUCCAAAAGUGAUAACACUUCGAACGGUGUUGUGAGUGGGGAAAUAAGUCACAGUGCAAGUGAUUCUGGGUUCAGUGCAAGCUUAGCUUUGCCUGCUCCUGUGCCAGUGCUACUCCCGAAGUCAGAGUGUUUCAGUGAAUGUGAAUCCGAAAAUGAUGUGCGAUUUCAAGUGUUGGAUACCUCUCGUCUCCGCGGAAAAGAUGUUCAGCGCAAAGGAAACCAUCAUGUUGGGAUUUACGAUCGAGUUGAUCCAGAAGACAGCAUCAGAGACAUGGUGACGGACAACGAUUUCUACAGAUUUGUCCUCUUCAAAACACACUACGACAAGUACUUGCACCUCUCCAAGAAGUAUGAAGAAGCAAGGAACAUCGCCUACUACCUGGAAGAGAAAUACCACGAGAUCAAGGCGGAGCGCGACGGGCUGGCGGCCGCGCGACAGGAGCUGGAGAAGCGGCUGGAGGGACGCGACCAGGAGCUGCACGACAAGGAGGAGGAGCUGUUCCUGCAGCUGGAGCGCGUCGUGCGCCUGGAGGAGGACUGCGAGAAGUUACGCACCGAGAAGGAGAAGUUCUCCCAGAUGAAGGACGCCCUGGAGAAGGAGAAGCUGGAGGCGUAUCGCAGGCUGAAGCAGCAGUCCCGCGAGGCCGAAGCGACGCGCCGCGGCCUGGAGCGCGCCCGGCAGGAGGUGGUGCGGCAGGUCAGCGUCAUCGCCGCCGAGAAGGACUGCCUCGAGAGGGAGAACGAGAGUCUCCGGCAGCAGCUGGAGGGCCACCACCACCACCGCGGCCGGUACUUCCCCGGCGCAGCGCAGCGCUCCGCUGCGGCAGAGGCCGUGUCUGGCGCCGCGGCCGCGGGGCCCGGGCAGGCGCACGGCCUCGACGGCCUGGAGCGCGAGAUGUCGGAGUUGAAGCUGAUGGCGCGGCAGAGCCAGUCCCUCAACAGCCAGCUGAAGAAGGGCAUGAAGCACCUGGCCACGUGUCGGCGCAAGAAGUGCCACGUGUGCGCCUACACCCGAGACGCGUUCGGCGAGUACGCGUCCAGGGACGACGGCAAGCUGUUCUCCUGCCUGCAGGCGCCCCUGCAGCCCCUGCACGACUGGCGAGCCAAGCGUCGCGGCGCGCAGGCCGCGUCCAACACGCCGUCGCCGUACUGCUCGGACGAGGGGGAGCUGUUCGACGACGAGGACGGCGUCGAGGACGGCGGCACGGCGCCGAGUCGCAGCAGCCCCCUGCCAUCGUGCCGCUCGGACUACUCGUUCCGGCGCGCGUACUCUUCGACGGCGCCCUCGUCGCCCUCCCCCUCCCCGUCGCACUCUCUGCCGCUGCACUGCCUCGGCGCGCACAUCUCCUACAUCGACGAGGCCAGCUGCAGCUCCGGUGACUCCGGCCAGGGCGAGGAGCGUUGCACCGACGCCUGCCAUUGCCUGGUGGGCGUGGCCACGGACCAGUCGACCACAUCAUCGUGCUCGGCGUCGGCGACGUCGGCGACGUCUGCCCCCCACGGCCACGGCCACGGCCAGGGCGAGGAGCAGGCCGCCACCAGCACCAGGGCCUUCUCCUCGGACUCGGGCUUCUCCAGCGAGUUGUAUGACUCGACGCUGCAGCGCUCCAGUGACCGCUCCAGUGACCGCUCCUGCUCUUCCAGGACCACCAACGCCGAGGCGUCGACCUCGUCGGCCUCGUCGGCCUUCCAGCGAGGCGGCCGCUGGACGUCGUCCUUCCGCAAACUGCUGACCCGGGUGUCCACCAAGAAGUCUGCCGGCUCGGCCUCCGCCAACGCGGCCUCCGCCAGCGCGGCCCCUACGGCUGCCAACUGAGAUGGUCGUUGAACGCCCCCGGCGCCCCGCUGGUCCUUCUAAUCCCAUGAAAUCGUCAUGUCGUUAAAUUAUUGCUUAAGAAAAGUUUAAUGUGCCAGGUUAUUGUGUUCUGAAAUGAAGAAAGAUGAUUACAACUUUUGUUGUGGCAAAUUUCUCUCUUUUUUUUAGCCUUACAGUAUUUUUUAUUUCCUACAUGUGUGCUUUUCAGUUUCAAAUUGACAAUUGUGCCAAUUGUAUGUAACACUUGCCUCAAUCUCGAGAUAUUUGGCAGUUAUUGCAGUUGGUAAUACUGUUGUAGUACUGAUUUUUUUCCCUUUGUGUUUGUUUGAUGAUGUUUUCUUUGCCAUUCUUGGAACUGUUUUCAAUCAGGAGAGAGGCUUUGAGACAAGAAUGUAACUCCCCAUGCCAUGAGUAUGUCAAAUUAAGGUGAAUUAUUUCAAUGUAAGAGUCAAGCCUCACCUUGACAAUUUAACAUUCCUUUUAAUUUCUAGGAAACUGUGUUUUUUAAAGCAACUCUCCAAUUUUCAUAGGUCACUCAUGAACCUGUCACAUAUCUUACCAAAGCUGUAUGUAUGGUAUAAGUAAAAACUAGGAAAUUCUCUAGAGAACUUUUAAUGAUUAGUCAAUCAGUUAAUCACUAAAAGUAAAAUUUCAGUUGAACUGAAAAUUUACCACUCUGCUUCAUUCCUUCCUAUGCUAAAAUGAUCACUUCCAGUAUUGUUAUAUUAGCAAUGAUGUUUCAACUUCUAUUCAUUGACUAGCUUUGUGGCGCAAUUCCUAGGCUUAUGUAUUACCUACACCAGACUGUGAUAAACUGUGCCCCUUCCUGGAUUUUAGUAACUGAGACAGAGCUGUAAGAGAAUCAAUACUGCUGAAAGAACAACAAAAAAAAACAAAAAAAAGUGUUAUAUUUUGAAGUGCAUGAUGUCCUUGGCAUUUUUUGUUUUAUACUUUACUUGUAAGGGUGCUUUUUCUUUCUUCUUCUCUCUUUGGUUUCAUUGCAAAAUUUUGUGUGAGAAGCUGCUGGUGGUGUAGUUGUCUUGAAACUAAAAGGGGACCAUAGAUUUGAAAAGAAAUUCCUUUUGGUGUAUCUUGCAAAUGUCUCAUGGUUAAGUACAAAGCCCAUUCAAAGCUCACAAUGAACAAUCUCACUGUUAAAAAAUGAAUUUAUAUAGAGAGGGAAGUGAUUUGUUGAAGUGUGUUAAGACAUGUGAAGGACCAAGACUGAAACUUGCUAUGACGUUCCUAUGAAAACAGUCUACUGUGCAUCAUACUGAAAAAUGUUAAUUUGUGACAUUAUAUGUUGUUCAUUGUUUCCAUCUAUGCAGAGUCAUUGAUUGUUAUAAAGAUAUAUCCUCUGGCAUUUUGUUUUCUUGAGCGUGAAAAUGGCUUGUCACUUGACAUUGACAUGCUCCUGUUUUUAAGUUGUAGAUUUCUAAGCUAAAGAUUUCUGAAGAUCUCUCAAUUUGACGGACACAUGAUUUUAAUGUGUAUCUAGGCAUCUUAGAGCUAAACCAAUUACAGAAGGAGUUCUCCUAAAAUGUUUCAUACAUAGCGCACCCUUAUUUACUGUGUCUUUGUAGGGACUUACUAUAUUCUGAAUUAUCUUUUUGUGCCUUCUUUUGUACAUUUUCUUCUGUGGUCGUAUGAGUUAUGUUUUCUGCUUCAUAUAUCUUAUAAAAAUAUUUAGAUCCUAUGUGAUCGGGAAACAUAUAUCAAUGCAACAAGACACUGAGAAAAGAAAAUGGUUUUCCAUACUGAAGAUAUUUUUAUUCUUUAUGGAGAACAACAAAAUUUUUCAUUACCUUCCCUUAUGAUUUGUGAUCAAAUAAUAUCUUUAGAGAUCCAACUGCUUAACUCUGGAUUUCUCAACUGGUUGAGAAAUUCAGAGUUUUACAAACUUAAAAAUACUUUGUGACUCUUUGACAAGUGAAAUCUUUUUCAUUGCCCUAUCAAUAAGAAACCUAAAUUUAUUUCUUAUAGGUUUUCUAAUACUUUUAGUUUUUCUGCCCUUUCUUCCAGAAUUGCUUCAAUUUUUAAAAUCUAAAUGAGUUUUUAUGUUGAUUAUGUGAUUGUUGUAUUUUAAAUGAGUGCAAUUGUUAAUUAUACGCUCAUUCUUAGUGAGACUGUACAAUCUAAUUCAAUUGUGUACUUACUCAUAAGAAAUAAAUUAUAGUUUAGUUUACUACAA